AUGAAGAACGUCACACUUGUUAUUGCUAUGAUAGCGAUCCUGUUCUCAAGCUGUGUAACAUCCAAACUCACAGAAACAGAACUAGAGUCAUCUACUAACCAAGAGCUCUUCCUAUCGCGUGUACAUUGGCCGUUCGGCCCGUUCCGUGGCCCCGUAAAAAGAUUCCCGCCGAUCCGUGAAGGCUACUUUCGACCAAUUCCGUUUUAUCUGCCAGAGGAAGUAAUCAGAUGCUUGUCCGACAAGGAGGAGGUAGGUACAUGUUUUGAUGAUAUCUCUAUGACUUUCUUCACCAGAGAAAUCGUUAUUGGAUCGGAAUGUUGCGACGCAAUCAAGAAGAUGAACGCAGAUUGUGAGAAGACUUCUUUAUUUUUAGAAGACGUGUUUGGAUUUUAA